AUGAACAAAAUGCUGACUUUUACGAGGGCCCUGAGCCGCCGGAGCGCGUUUUUGCUCUCCGACUCGUCCGCCGUUCGCGAAAAUAGCUUUCGGUCUAUGAGUACAGUUCGCGCGCCGCCAGUCCCUCCGGUCAUAACUGGUACGGCUGUCAGCAAGGACGAGACCAGGGAUUUCAUGGCAGUGUUCCCAGACGUUGUCAGGGAUCUGACGGACACCGGCCGUAACUUGGAUGUGCCCGAUGUUACCAAGUGGCUUGCAAAGCUAUUGCAAUACAACGUGCCUGGAGGUAAGAAAAAUCGAGGAUUGGCGUUGGUAUUGUCAUUCAAAAUGCUAUCCUCGCCUGCUGAUCAGACCGAUGAAAAUCUUAAAUUGUCUUACAUACUGGGAUGGUGUGUGGAAAUUCUCCAAGCCUACCAAUUAGUGUUAGAUGACAUAAUGGAUAACGCUAUAACUAGACGAGGACGUCCGUGUUGGUAUCGACACAACGAUAUUGGUCUAAUGGCAAUAAACGAUGGUGUUCUCCUCGAGCAGGCCAUUUACCAGUUGAUUAAAAAGUACUUCAAGGAUAAGCCUUACUAUACACAUAUUCUGGAGCUGUUCUAUGACGUUACAAUGAAAACUGCGAUGGGUCAGUGUCUUGAUAUGUUGACCGCGAAUAGCUUCAAGUCAAAAAAACUUGAAAAAUAUACUAUGGAAAAUUACACAGCUAUUGUGAAAUAUAAGACUGCUUAUUAUUCAUUUUUCCUUCCAGUGUGUCUCGCGAUGCGUAUGACAAACAUCAAUGACCCAGAAAUCUUUCGACAAGCAAAGACCAUAUUGCUUGAAAUGGGACACUUCUUCCAAGUUCAAGAUGACUUUUUAGACUGUUAUGGAGAUCCAGAUGUCAUGGGAAAAAUUGGCACAGACAUAGAAGAUGGUAAAUGUUCGUGGUUAGCUGUAGUGGCUUUGCAAAAAGUCAAUUCUGAACAAAAGAAAAUUAUGGAGGAUAAUUAUGGUAUUGACAAUCCAGCCAAUGUUGCAGUCAUCAAAGAUUUGUAUGCACAGUUGAAAUUACCAGACACAUUUCAACUUUACGAAGAAGAAAGUUAUAAAUUAAUAUGUACUCAUAUUCAACAGUUGUCACGUGGUUUGUCACAAGACAUGUUUUUCAAAUUCUUGGAAAAGAUUUACAAGAGAACACUCUAA